AUGCAAAGGUAUCAUGCUGCCAGCUGCACUAGUGCAGUUAACAACAAUUAUAUUGGUGGGCCAUCAGUUAAGGAUACAUCCCGAACUGACUCCACUCCACUUGCAGCAAGCUUCUCUUUGAAUCCCAGGCGGUCAUCACAGCUGUCACCUUACAAACUGCGGUGUGACAAAGAUCCUUUGAAUUCCCGACUUGAGCCUCCUGACUUUCACAUUCCUGCUCCAAAUUGCCCUGAGGAGACUCUCACCAAGGAAUAUGUGAUAUCUGGAUACAGGGAGACUGUUGAGGGGCUUGAGGAAGCUAGGGAGAUCUCACUAUCACAGGUGCAAGCUUUUACGAAGCCUAUUAUCCUAAAGUGCAAAGAGGAAAUCAAAAGAUUUCACAGGGCAAUCAAUGAAUCUCGUGCUCAAAAGCGCAAGGAAGGUCAGGUUUAUGGAGUGCCUCUUUCUGGUACGCUAUUGACUAAGCCUGGCAUCUUCCCUGAACAAAGGCCAUGCAGAGAAGACUUCUUGAAGAAAUGGAUUGAGUCAAGUGCAUUUCAGUUAGUUAUAAAAAUGGAAGAAUGGAUAAUACCAUCCUGGUGGUUUCUUAGUGUGCACGUCAUGUGUCAUAUGCCACACUAUGUAUGGUUUUGA